GGGCGGGUCGAGUCGCAGCGCGGACGCGAUCGGGUUGGCGGCGGCCAGGGAGCGGCCGAGCCUCGGUGACCCUGGGCGGAGCUCCGCGGUGCCAGUGCUCGGCUUGCGGAGCGAAGUGGGAGGGCGGCUCGGGACCAUGGCCAGGGCCGGCAUGGAGCGGUGGCGUGACCGGCUGGCACUGGUGACGGGAGCCUCGGGGGGCAUCGGCGCGGCCGUGGCUCGGGCCCUGGUCCAGCAGGGCCUGAAGGUGGUGGGUUGUGCCCGCACCGUGGGCAAUAUCGAGGAGCUGGCCGCUGAAUGUAAGAGUGCAGGCUACCCCGGGACUUUGAUCCCCUACAGAUGCGACCUGUCCAACGAGGAGGACAUCCUGUCUAUGUUCUCGGCUAUCCGCUCCCAGCACAGCGGCGUGGACAUCUGCAUCAACAAUGCCGGCCUGGGGCGGCCUGACACGCUGCUCUCAGGCAGCACCAGCGGCUGGAAGGAAAUGCUCAAUGUCAAUGUGCUGGCCUUGAGCAUCUGCACCCGGGAAGCCUACCAGUCCAUGAAGGAGCGCGGGGUGGACGAUGGGCACAUCAUCAACAUCAACAGCAUGUCCGGCCACCGAGUGGUACCCCAAUCUGUGACCCACUUCUAUAGCGCCACCAAGUACGCUGUCACCGCGCUGACAGAGGGACUGAGGCAAGAGCUGCGGGAGGCCCAGAGCCACAUCCGGGCCACGUGUAUCUCUCCAGGCCUGGUGGAGACACAGUUCGCCUUCAGACUCUAUGACAAGGACCCUGAGAAAGCAGCCGCCACCUAUGGGCACAUCAAGUGUCUGAAAGCCGAGGAUGUGGCUGAGGCUGUUGUCUUCGUCCUCAGUGCCCCUCCGCACGUCCACAUCGGAGACAUCCAGAUGAGACCCACAGAGCAGGUGACCUAGUGUCCUGCCUGGAGUGCCUCCCGCCCCCACCCUUCAAAGCUUGGCUCCUGCCUCUGGAUUUUAGAUGUUGAUUUCUGCACCCAUGGAUCUCAUCCUGUCCCCACUCCCACCAAGGGCAAAAAAAUUUGUUGGAGGUUUUUGUAUCAUCUUAUCAAAUUGUUUCCAUUGCAGAUGUGACAAAAAUGAACUGGGAAGGGGGAUUGACUGAUUGUCCCCUUGCUCUUGAGCAGCCUUUGCUGUCCUCGUCUGUCCCUCUGCUCUGGGGGAGGGGCUGAGGUCCACAGGGGUGCUUCCUGUCCUCCUGCACUCCGUGGGGCAGAGGGAGGCCCUCACGUUCUCUUUGUUUUAUUCUGUGCUCCAGGCUUCCUCUACUCCCUGCCCCACCGCUCCCACUGCACCCCCUCUCCCUCCUUCCCAGCUCUCCCUUCCAAUCUUGGCAUCUGGGCCACCUGAGGGGGUCAUCACUCACUUCUGUCCAUGGCGGCAGAGUGCCAGGGCCUGGCUCCCAGUGGAUUUCACUGUGAUCAUUAAAAAAAAUCACACCCACCCA